AAUGCGAUUUUUACCAGGGGAUCCCCUCGAAACGCGAUUUGGCUAGUUUUGAGUAGUAAUUGGGAGGGUUUUGUUGUCAAAACCUGGCAACCCUGGCUAAUACGCUGAUGUUUGGAGAGACAGGAAGCUUGUUGUAGACGGCGAGGCCGGACCGAGGCAAGUUCAGCCCCGCCCCGCAGAGCUUUGCGUGAGGAAACAACAGUUUAAAGAUGAAUACUUCAAUGGCUUGCAAUGACUCUGAUAAAUCCAGCCUCGAUGAUGUCUGCUGUAAUGACCAAUACUCCAGCUGUGCAGCAGCCAUGGAAAAAGACAGUUAUUCGUAUCUGAGCCCGACAGAGAACCCCUCCACCAUCAGUGUCUCUGCGAGUAUCCCUCCGGACCAGCAAGGCUAUGACGUGGAGUUUGACCCUCCGCUAGAGAACAAGUAUGAGUGCCCUAUCUGUCUGAUGGGCCUUCGCUCCGCAGUACAGACACCAUGUGGACAUCGAUUCUGCAACUCGUGCAUCAAGAAGUCCAUCAGGGACACAGGGCAAAAAUGUCCAGUUGACAAUGAGGUGCUGCUUGAGGAACAGCUCUUCCCUGAUAACUUUGCCAAACGAGAGAUCCUCUCACUUACUGUCCGAUGUCCUAAUGUAGGAUGCAGUGAUAAAAUGGAGUUGCGCCAGCUGGAGAAACACUUGUCUCAUUGUAAGUUUGCCACAGUGCCAUGCCCUCAGUGUCUGGAGUCUGUUCGUAAGAGCCAUCUGGAUGAACACAAGAGCCAGCAGUGUUUACAGCGAAUUAUGACCUGCCCUGAUUGUGCAGGGAGCUUUAUAUAUGCUGACAAACAGAUUCAUGAACAGAUUUGUCCUUUCGCCAAUACAGUGUGUGAAUAUUGCGAAAUGGAGCUUAUUCGGGAUCAGUUGGCACUGCACUGUGACACAGACUGUCUUAAAGCUCCUGUAGCCUGUACUUUCAGCACGUUUGGUUGUCGUGAAAAGAUGCCAAGAAAUGAACUGGCCCAGCACAUGCAGGAAUUUACACAAAUGCACAUGCGUUACAUGGCUGAGUUCCUGCGCAGCCAGACACACAGUAGCUGCCCAGUGCCGUCAGUUGCCGCCCACUCUUCGUCAGACGAACGUGGAGCAACUGCCCGAGCACCAGAGUCGUGCCAGUGUAAACCGGAGCUGAUGAACCUGCGGGAGACAGUCUUGGAGCUGGAGGGCCGACUGGUUCGUCAGGAUCAACAGAUCCGGGAGCUGUGCAUCCACAAUGAGACACAGAAAAACCAGGUCACAGAGCUACGCCGAAAACUGAGCUCACUGGAGGAGGCCACCCGAGAGCUGGAAGCCCAGCAGUAUCAAGGCGUCUAUGUAUGGCGCUUGGAGAACUUCUCCCUUCACCUGCGCAACCAAGAGGCUGGUCAAUCCAUAGUCCUCCACAGCCCACCUUUCUACACGGGCCGGCCGGGGUACAAACUCUGCCUACGACUGCAUCUGCAAACUCCCAACGCCCCUCGCUGUUCCAACUACAUCUCACUUUUCGUGCACACUAUGCAGGGUGAGUUUGACAGCCAGCUCUCCUGGCCCUUGCAGGGCACGAUCCAGCUGGCAGUGUUGGACCAGGUCGAGGGGCAGCAUCAUGUGGAAGUGAUGGAGACCAAGCCGGACCUUCAGGCCUUCCAGAGGCCCACUGUGCAACGCAACCCCAAGGGUUUUGGGUACGUCACUUUCCUGCACCUACAGGUGUUGCAGCAGCGUGGGUUUGUGAAAGACGACGUGCUGUUGGUGCGCUGCGAGGUGACACCACGAUUUGAUGCUAGCCUCAGGAGGGAAGGAGUUCAACCUCGGGGGUCAGAACCUUCACUUUGAGUUCCUGCAUCGCUCUUGUACUCUUAAGUUCUCAAAGACACUUUGCUGAAACAAGCAAGAUACACCUCGUCAUGAUACACCAGGCUUCGUGAUGAUAUUUUUACAGAGUUCCACAACUCUCGUGUCUGUUGUGAAGUGUUUUAUAUACAAAUGUUUCUCAAAAGCGUUUUAAUCAGUGCAAUCAACAGAAAACCUGAUAAGUAUCAGAAAUUCACUGAAUGUCCUGUCAACCAAGCUAAAGGGUGUGAAACUAUUAUUUUAAUGGUGCUGCUUAUGCUAAGUGUUAGCUUCCACAAAAUAUUUUCAUUGUUCUUCAUCCAACUAAUUUUUGCUGCCUUUUCUGCCAACUCCACUUUUUCUUUUCUUUUUUUGUAAAACGUGCUUAAUUUUCAUUUAUCUGACAAUACCUGACAAUUUAAAGCGUCAUUAGUACAGUACAGCACAGUUUACUUUGAUCAUACUGAAUGUUGUGCAUUGUUCAUUUAACAACUUAACAACAAGGUGUGGUGUGGUUAAAUUAGCAAAGUGUCAAUGAAAAACUGUUAGCGAUGCAUGAAGUGUGGCCCUUUCAAACCAGGCAACUCUCUGUUGAUUAUUGAAGUGAAUCUGCAUAAUCAGUUUGAACUCUUUGUGAAAGCUGCCUGGGGAAAUCCUUUGCCCUCUCGUGAAAAACUCCCAGUCACUUGGAUUUAUAUAGAAAUGACUUGAUUUUUCCCAAGACAAUUAAUGAUGGACUAAUAUAUGCAAGUUAAUCUAAUAAUUGUAUUGACACUGGAAAUCUGACAAUCUUUUUUUUUCAUAUAAUGUUAACUUCAUCACAAUAUACAGUGCCAAAAUUAGUGGAUGUUU